AUGCAACCCCAAAAGAAAGAAACCUUCGGCAACCUCGGUCCCUGGGCUGAACCCUCCUGGUACAGCUCCCUCGCGUCGCCUUACUACAACGACUCCCACAAGCGAUUGCGCAAUGUACUACGUACAUAUAUCGAUGAGAAUAUCAAGCCAUACAUGCUGGAGUGGGAAGAGAAGGGCGAAGCUCCUGAGGAAGUGCGAUUGAAAUGGGCACAGUCAGGCUUUGCGUUUGGAGAUGUGCCGGAGCCGUAUAGACCAAAGAAUGUGCCUGGUCCAGCUGGAAUUCCCGUUGGGGAGAUGGACAUUUUUCAUCUUCUUAUCUCUACGGAUGAGGAUAGCAGGAUUGAGGGUGGUGUAGGCACUGCACUCGGUGGUGGUAGCGUAAUUGGUGUGCCGCCUAUUGUGCAUCAUGGUACUGAGGAGCAGAAGAGAAAGUGGCUCCCUGGACUGUUCAACUGGGAGACGAGUUUCUGCUUGGGUAUCACUGAGCCGAGUGGUGGCUCAGACGUCGCGAACAUCCAAACGAAGGCGGAGAAGACGACCGAUGGAAAGUUCUACAUAGUGAAUGGCUACAAAAAAUGGAUCACUGGCAUGCCCUGGGCCACACAUAUGACAACUGCUGUCCGCACUGGCGGUCCAGGCAUGCGAGGUAUUUCCGUCAUCGUGAUUCCUACAAACGCGAAAGGCUUCUCCCAUCGCCGCAUACCCAACAGCGGUCAAAAAGCCGGCGGCGCGAGCUUCGUUGAGCUCGACGACGUGCACGUCCCCGUGGAGAAUCUCAUCGGCAAAGAAAACGAGGGCUUCCGUAUCAUCAUGACAAACUUUAACAAAGAGCGUUUCCUCAUGUCCAUAGGUUGUAACCGUAAAGCGCGAACUUGUCUCUCCGAGUCCUUCGAAUACGCUACAAAACGUCACACUUUCGGCAAGCCCCUUAUCUCCAACCAAAUUAUUAGCCACAAAUUGGCGACUAUCGGGCGGUAUGUGGAGAGUCAUUGGGCGUGGCUAGAGCAGCUUGCCUAUCAUAUUCAACAGUCACCGCUGGGCUGGCAGGACCCAGAGAUCGCAGGGCAGAUUGCGCUAUGUAAGGUGCACGGUGGACGAAUUCUGGAGAUGGCGAAUCGCGAGGCGCAGCAGAUUUUCGGUGGUGCUGGGUAUCAGAAGGGUGGACCUGGUGCUAUUAUCGAGCAAAUGAGUCGAGAUUUGAGGAUGAUGGUUGUUGGUGGUGGAAGUGAAGAAAUCAUCGCAGACCUAGCCGUGCGACAAGAAACAGCGCUUGCGAAGAGGCGAGGUUGGAAGUUAUGA